ACAAUCUGUUUCAAAGAAUGCUGUAAGAUUCUUCUGUCUUCCCCCAAAGAAUGCUGUAAGAUUCUUCUUGUCUUCCCCCAUCCCUGUCAAUACAGGUUUACGUACAGGAAUGCUCAAUGUUGUUAGGUGGUGAGAAGAUGCAUUAUGUAAGAGAUGACCUCAUAGCGUCCAUGGAAAGCAAUUCUGCAUUCUGUAAAUUGUAAUACUGUUAGUUUACAUACACUGUGAUGGUAAACAACUUGGGUACAGAAGCUUCUAGCCAUUAUUUACACGCUACAAGGCAACAAAGAAGCUCUCUUGUCCUGAUCACGGAGACAUGGACCAGCUGAGACUUACUCCUUCCAAAAGGAAGAAACAGAUGGCUGAAAAUGAAGAAAGACGAUCAAACUAAUAGCAGGCUUCUGUCCACAUCGUCGAAUAUAUUGUGCCACGAUUGUGGGUCAAUCAAUAUCCUUCCGCACUCCACUGGUAUUCUUCUAAAACCAGAACCACGGCAUUUAUUCGUUUUCAUUUAGCAUAUGUCCAACUGUAGGCAGGAAUCUUUUGAAUUCCCGCCUCUACCAUCACUCUCCUAGCAUAAGCAGCCAAAUCCCAUCUCCCUACACAAGCAUUGAUGUUGGAUAAGGCUACAUACCGUCCAGAAUACUGUGGUUGUAAUUCGAUUAACUUUUGGCCCACUUCAUGUCCUAGCCUCAUUUCUCCAUGGAUUGUGCAAGAACUGAGAAGUGAACCUAAUACAGAACCGUCGGGCUCACAAGGCAUGCCGUCGAUAAAAUCACUUGCCUCUCCCAGUAACCCUGCUCUGCCCAUGAGAUCAACUAAGCAACCAUAAUGCUCCAAUCUUGGUACCACUUUGAAUUCGUUUUGCAUUGACUGAAAUAAUUUCAAACCAUACUCAACAAGCUCGGCACGAGCACAAGCAGUGAGUAAUGCCACGAAGGUAACUUCAUUCGGGUGCAGGCCUUCAACCUUGAUCAUCUUCUCAAACAUAUGUAUGGCUUCCUUCUCUCUGCCGUUAUUUGCAAAUGCAGAAAUGAGUGCAUUCCAAGUGCAAACUUCUUUAAACACAAUUGUAUUAAAAACCAGCACCGCUUUAUCCAGAAAUCCCAACUUCCCAUAGAGAUCAGCCAGUGCUGUCCCCAUAAACACAGUGAAACAAAGCUCAUUCCUGAUCAUGUACCCAUGAAUUUGCCUUCCGAGAACAAGAGCUCCACAGUCUAAACUAGCGCACGAAGACAAUAUACUAACAUAAGUUGCUUCAUUCGGUCUAACCGAACCAUGAAGCACAUCAUCGUGCACCAUCAUAUCCUUGAAAAACAGAAUUGCCUCGCGGAAAAGACCGUUUUUUGCAAACCCAUUAAUCACGCUAGUCCAAGUAACGACAUCUCUCUGCCGCAUAGUUUCAAACAUCACAAGAGCAGAACCCACGUCACCAUUCUUAGCAUAAGCAUCAAUUAUCGCAUUAUACUCAAAGACACCAGGAGAGAGAAUUUCGUCGAACACCUUGCGGGCACCCACUCCAUCACCGAAGAGCGAAUACAUUCCAACCAAAGACGUCGGCACAAACGGAUCCGCUAGCAAACCCCUUCUCAGAGCUUGGCCGUGAAGGGAAAUAGCGCCGCGGAAAGCACAGCAGAGUCCAGCAGCUUUGAUCAGGGAAGGGAAAGAGUGGGCGUUUGGUGGGAUUUGGUGGGCGAGCAUAAGCUUGAACAGGCGACAUGUGUGUCGUGUAUGGCCGAAACUGACGUACCCUCGCAUCAGAGUGUUGUAGAAAAGCGUGGGUUUCCAUUUCGAGAAUGGGUCCUGAGAGAGAAGGCUUCUGGUGAUUACGUGGGCGUGGAUUUGCUUGACCUGAAUUCGGUGUUUGAUGAAAUGCUGGAGGAGUUGGAGAAGGGUUUCGGCUGACUGCGGCGGUGGCAUUUACCGGCGGAAAGCAUGACGCGCGAGGCGCGAUCAAUGAAUGCCGUGGCUUUUGGAAAACUUUAGGCCUUUUCCACCGAAACUACUAUUAACCGUGGUGGGCUUGGCAUUUCCCGAGUACCAACUUUGGGCCUAGUACUCAGGAAUCAGGAUGACAUAAAAUACCCAGCAAUACAAAGGCCGGGCCUGAUAGGUGGGCCUUGGCUUUCCCAGACGGCGCCGUAUUCGCUAGUAGAACUCAAGAGGGUGGAGGCCGGAGGGUUGCGUGGCCGGAAUCUCUCGCUCUCAUCAUCGGCAGCUUCCAGAAUAUUGGCGCCCACUCCCAGCCGCCCACCACCAAAGCCCACUGCUUCAGAGCUUCUUCUCUUCCCCUUUCUCUACUCAUAUCACUCCCUCACCUCUUCUUCUUCUCCUGGCUUCACAGUUCGCGCAAUGGCUGAUUCCUUCAAGAAAAUCCAAAUUCAGAGGGAAGACACUGUCAGUUCUCCUUCCCUUUCUUCUUCAGUUCUUCUGAUUCCCUCGUGUUUUUAUUUUCCGCGUGUGAGGCUGGGAUGGGAUGAUCGUUUUUCGGGUGUCGGGAAUGGAGGUUUUAAUGGGUAUUUGUUGUUCAGACGUAGAUUGGUUUAAUUUCAUAUGGCUCAGCAAAUUUGAAUUAUUUUGUUGUGAGCUUGAAUCCAUGGACGAUGUUGAGUUCGCUUUCUGUUAGGCUUGAUUUCUGGUUCUCAAUUUGUGGGUUAUGUUUAAUUUCUCUGUGUUAUCGGUGCAAUUCACUUUGUUGAUAUUGAUCCAAUUGAAUCAUUUGAGGAUUGCAUGUGUACAACCUGUUUUCUGUUCAGAGUACUGCAUUGCCAGUGUCGGUGUAGUAAUUCAUGGAGAAAUACUUCCCCUUAUUAAUUCUAAGGAUGGUUGGUACUUGGUUGAUUGAUCAGACUUUUGAUGCUUAUGUGGUUGGCAAAGAAGACGCUCCUGGAAUCGUUGUGCUACAGGAGUGGUGGGGUGUGGAUUUUGAGAUCAAGAACCAUGCCAUCAAGAUCUCCCAACUUGACCCUGGAUUUAAGGCCCUUAUACCAGACUUGUAUCGCGGAAAGGUUGGUUUAGAUGUCGCGGAGGCUCAGCAUUUGAUGGACAAUCUUGACUGGCAAGGUGCUGUCAAGGAUAUCCGUGCCUCAGUAAAUUGGCUCAAGGCCAAUGGCUCAAAGAAGGUUGGAGUUACUGGAUUUUGCAUGGGCGGUGCUCUGUCUAUUGCAAGCUCAGUUUUGGUUCCUGAGGUGGAUGCAGCUGUGGCUUUCUAUGGAGUUCCUUCUUCAGAGCUUGCAGAUCCUGCCCAAGCUAAGGCUCCUGUUCAGGCGCAUUUUGGGGAGCUUGAUAACUUUGUUGGCUUUUCUGAUGUCACAGCAGCAAAAGCCUUGGAAGAAAAGCUGAAAGCAUCUGGAGUUCCACACGAGGUCCAUAUCUAUCCAGGCAACGCACAUGCUUUCAUGAACAGAUCUCCAGAUGGUAUCCAGAGGAGGAAGGGCAUGGGAUUGCCAGAUGAAGAUGAAGCUGCUGUCGAGCUGGCAUGGUCUCGAUUCAAAUCAUGGAUGACAAGUCACUUAUCCGCGUGAGUUUUUUUUUUUUCUUCAUCCAGGCCUCUAACCCCGCUUGUUAGCGAUUGUCUAGUUUCCAAACAGUACCAUGAACCUAAACCUAUGAGUGCACCAUAGCCUCUUGCGGAGAAUCGUAUCACCGGGUGUUGGAUGUUAAUCAUGUUCGAAAAAAUUAUUGUGUCCAAAACAUCAUCUUGAUUAGAUCUGAGUUGAUUUGGUAUCUCGGAUUUACUGAUGAUGAAAAGGGAAUCCCCAUGUGCUUUCUUUGAAACUGUUAAAUGCCCUUAUGGUCUUCUGUAUCUACUAUGGUGUAUGGUCUAUGAGAAAUAAUAACAGAAAGAACGCAUGGAGUGGAAGCC